AUGGAACCAGUUGCUAGACAUUGCAUAGUUCAGGUGUCCAGGGGGGUUUGCUAUGAGGUUGAGUUAAAUGGGGAUCAAGUGCAAGUUGACCUAGGCUUGAGGACAUGCUCCUAUUACCAUUGGGAGUUGACUGGGAUUCCAUGUGUACAUGCAUUUGCAUGUAUUCUGGACAAGAGGGUGGACCCAGAUGACUAUGUGGAUGGUUAUUACAGCAGGGAAACCUAUAUGCUAGCCUAUGAGGAUGCUAUAAAGCCUAUGCUAGGCCCAAAGCAUUGGGAGAAGAUAGACCUUAGACAACCACUCCCACUACCUCCAGUUAGAGUUAUUCCAGGAAGGCCUAAAUCAAAGAAGAGGAAGCUGGAAAAGGGAGAGAGAGCAAAAGAGCCCCAACCUAAGUCCCAAAAGUUGCAGAAAAGGUGCAAGAAGUAUGGACAACUUGGUCAUUAUGCCAAGACUUAUGGAAAUGAACCUAGGAAAGCACCAUCAACUUCUGAGCCAAAAAAAUCAACCAAACCAGUCCUGAACACUCCAUGA